GAUUUAUUCUCCCUCGUCUUCUAAUGCCUACUACAUGUGUACACAGCACUUAGCUACGCUGCCUCCAAGUAGAAAGCGAAGCGCUAUUGCAACAUGAAGCUUUUUCAACCACCUUAAAGCUAUUUUCUUAUAUUCAAUGUUACAAUUAUCUUUGUCUCAUGUCAUCUGCCCUUAGACUAGGACUUAAGCUCAACAUUUUAACACCCGCAUCGACUUGAGUAGUGCGUAUUUCUUGUCUAACGAUGUCUCUCGCAAAUAUAAAGCACAUUAUCUUGGUCUUGUCGGGCAAGGGCGGUGUAGGGAAAUCAUCUGUGACUACACAACUCGCCUUGUCGUUAUCACUCGCCGGCCACUCUGUUGGAGUUCUCGAUGUCGAUCUUACUGGGCCAUCCAUGCCACGAAUGUUCAAUAUCGAAGAUGCAAAAGUCACUCAAGCUCCUGGUGGUUGGCUCCCCGUAACUGUGCACCCUGCAAACCCCGACGCUGGUAUAGGCGAAUUAAGAUGCAUGAGCCUUGGCUUCUUACUACGUGGAAGAGGCGAUGCCGUAGUAUGGCGGGGACCCAAGAAGACCGCGAUGGUCCGGCAAUUUCUCUCAGAUGUAUUGUGGGGAGAUCUGGACUAUUUACUCAUCGACACACCUCCAGGGACUUCCGAUGAGCACAUAUCACUUGCGGAAACACUGCUAAAAGAUGCAUCCCCGGGACAAGUUGCUGGGGCGGUAGUGGUGACUACGCCUCAAGCUGUGGCUACGGCGGACGUAAGAAAGGAGUUAAACUUCUGUGCAAAGACGGGAAUAUCGGUGGUCGGCGUCGUAGAGAACAUGGCUGGAUUCGUAUGCCCCAAUUGCGCUGAAUGCACGAAUAUUUUUGGCAAGGGGGGAGGCCAAGUUAUGGCGGAAGACUUCAAUGUACGAUUCUUGGGGGGCGUCCCUAUUGACCCUCAGUUUGUUAUGUUGGUCGAAACGGGCAGGCGACCGCUAUAUCCAAAGGGAACUAUCAUUGAGGGACAGGAUAUUUCGGAGACACAUCAAAACGGGCAUGCCGAUACGCCUAGUGAGGAAACGAAGGCAGCCAGCCUACUUGCAGACAAAUAUCGAGAUUGCUCCCUUGAGCCUAUCUUCAGAAAGAUCACGCAAGAUAUCGUCACAGCUAUCGGAUGAUAUCGGACGUAUUGUUAUCAGCCUAAGCUAUAUGGCCUAGAAACUGACAUGCCGUGUGACCGCACUGAGUUAUGUAUAUUGAGAUCCAAUGUAACUGCAUGCAAGCAGUUGAAACCCCCAUUUCUAGUGGCUGGAUACUUUUCGUUAACAGUCCUGUAUCUCUUAUCGACGACCGACCUACCUACUGCUGGAGGGGAAGCAAUCGAGUGUGGCACUAGAAUAAAUGAUAAAUGCCGACCUAUUACGAUCUAUGUCUCACAAGAGGAUCAGGGGCGUCGCAUUCAAUAAUGUUGCAGUCAUGAGCAUGGGGCUGUCUGGACUGCCUGGGCUGCGACUUGGGCAUUUUACCUGGGACCAGAUUUCCUGCUUUCUUCUUCGCCAUGCUACAUUCUCCAAAUCCCAUGGCUAUGGAAAUUCCCAUUGCAAACAUUUUUUCUCGCAGAAUACGUUCGUGUAAUGUGGUGAUCGCUUUCAACAGAACUACUACGUAUGUAGAGUGAACAACAGUCUCCAAAAAAUUACAAUUAGUUCAGAAAGAAAAAGGAGGUGUAAGCAAAAUUGAUGCAACUUAAUAUGUUGAUGUUUUGCUAGCAUAAGAACUUUAGUAGACAUUCGGCAAAUGUGCAAGUGAUUAUCGUUGGCG